AGGAGCACCUGGACAAGCCGGAUGUGAUUCACCUGUUCCAAGCUCGGCCACUGGCUCACUAUCCUCGCCUGGUGCAAUCAACUUCGACCAUAUCACCUUACCCCCGCAGCUCCGCAAUACGCGGGAAUGGAGUGAGCAAGGCGUACAGACAAGCCUCGCUGCCGUGCCCAGUCGUCCGGUGUCCAGCGCGUCCAGCGCACCUGCAGCGAAAGCUAUCGCAAAGCCGCCAACGCUCACGCCCCCACCCACACUAAACUUCGAGUCCGAACCUAUAGCAUGGCGCGGCAUGACUCUCGAAUCCGCUCAGUGGACCUUGAACUCGACGGAGCUGCAGGAAAUAGUCUCAAGAGCAAUCCGACGGACGGCGCAGGAAUCGUUCAUUCGUCUGCUCUCUGUCAAGACGUUGGACGAGGAGCUGGUUGCGGAGUUGGAGCGGUUGGAAACUGCCAAAGCGACUGCGCAGUCCAAGUACCGCUUCAACAUGCACCGAAGAACAAUGCUGCUCCAGUCUCUCGUCGCCCUUUCUUCCGGGGAGCAGGACUGUGCUGCCCUGGCCGGCCUCGUAACUCAGCUUGCUGAGGUCACGGCGGCCUGCGACGGCCUUAUGAUGGAGCUGCUGCGCCUCACGGACCAGCGUGCGCAGAUACAUCACGUACAGGAAGUCCACAUCUCUUCUGCUCUUGCAAUGGCUCUGCGCAAACUGAACGCCAGCUACGGGAAGCGGACUGAAGAGCUCAAGGGGGUGAAGCAGGAAAUCGAGCACCUGAAGGCAGAACUGGAGGAAGCGUGGAGGGUGGCGCAGGAGAUGGCCCAAGAGAUGGAUGACCUCGAGAACUUCCACUCAGGCUUCAGCUCCGAGUCUGACAUGGACACUGGCGAUGACGACAUGCACAUCGAGGAGAGCGUGCGCCUUGCGGAAGUCAUUGGUGUGACGGGGAAGGCAGUUGCAACGAAAGCGACACUGACCCAGCUAGUCACAGAUCGAGUAAAGGAGCGCGAGCGAAACGACUAUGAGAACUACUCGCGGCGAGUUACUGCUGCUAGGAAACGCAGCAUCAGGAUGUCAAAGACCAGUCUCAGGCUACCGAAAUCUGUGAAAGGUUCAGUCCCCCCGACGCCAACGGCAGACAACGCCUCGAUAUCUUCGCGAGCCAGCAUAAGUAGAGGCAAGAGCAUACGUCAUCGCUCAGGCGGGGAGGCAGGACCCUCGAGUUUCAAGCCUGUAUCCCCUGUUUUGCAGGUCGACGCUGCAUCAACGAAGAAAUUACGGAAAGACAACUCGUUCCUCGAGAUGGCUCCGACGAGGCCUGUUACGCCCACUACUCCCCUACCACCUACAUCGCUGCCGCCAUUACCCGGGGCUGAGGAUCCCGCAUCUGGCCAAAGCGCCCUACCAGGCGACGCCCAGCAUCCGAGCGAGCGGCGUGCGACGCUCGACUUCGACAUACCCCCGAUCACGAUCUCGCCCGCAGGCGGCGACGCCGAGAACGACCCGCAUAACAUACGCCGCGUGCACUCGAUGCAGCCGUCCCCGCGCGCACGGUCGUCCAGCCCGGACGAUGGUCCCCGCCGCUCAUCGAACGACUACACAAAGUUUGACGGCUGGCCGUUACUUGAUUCCGCCCCCAAAAGCGUGCGAAGAAGGAGCAUGCCGCUCACGGGCGCCAGCGUCGCCAGCAGCGCAGAGGAGGCGUUCGUUCCCCCGCCGCGGGCCUUUUCGCCACCGCCAUCGUAUUCCGUGCAUGCCCCGGGACCGUCACAUCCACAUACGUUCGAUACAUCUCGACCGUCUCAAUGACAUACCCACACCCCCUCAUGAUGUCCAUCGAUUUCUUUCGCAAAACCACCACCCACGCUGUUUCCCUGUCUCGUUAAGUUAUACCAUCUCGAGUCCACGAUUUAUUGCUGCUAUCUACUGACUCUUCC